AUGAACUUCCUGUCGCUCCUUUGCACCUGUUUGGCUCUCUCCGCUACCCAAGUCGAGGCCCUUCCCGUUGCCGGGUUCUUCAACCUCGGCAAGAGAUAUGACAACUCUUCCACCCCUCUGACCACCUACACCACUGUUACAGCUGGCUCGACAGUGACUAUCGUGGAACCUUGCACUCUGUGCUUGGCAGGCACGUCCAACAGCGCCUACUCGCCUGUGGCCACCGCCUCCUCCUCCCUCGCCGCUUUCUACAACGCUGUCAGCGUGGCCAGCAGCUCCGCUGCCCCAACUGACUACACCACUUACACCACCGUCAGCGAGGGUGUCACCAUCACCGUCACCGUCCCAUGCUCCAGCUCGAGCGCCGCAGCAGCCACGACCCCUGCUUCUGCACCGGUCAGCGUCUCGUCUGAGGCAAGAGAAGACGUUGUGGUCUCAACGUACCAGUCCAACGGCAAGGAAAUGACCACCACGUCGACCAAAACUUCCACGGUCUUCGUGACAGUCACGCAAGGCAGCUUGUCCACCUCCAGUCCCGAGGCCUCUCCUUCGUCGGUCGCCGCCCAGGCAACCACCGUGGCCGAGAGAGCCUCCAGCGGCCCCUCUGGCUCCACUCCAGAAACCUCUGCACCAGCUGCCUCUGCUACCCCUGCUACCGUGACGGUCACGGAGACGGUCACCGCCGGCUGCGGCGCCUCGUCAAGCGCUUCGCCAAACUCGGCUUUGGUCAGCACCCUGUACUUGACGUCCACUCUGACCCUUUCUGUCACUGCCACCAUCCCUAUCACCAACUCUGCCGGCUCCACCUUGACGGUGCUGACGACCGAGUCGUGCCUCGAGACCGCCGUCUCGACCUCCUACGUGACAACGUGGGUCACUGACCAGAUCGGCUCGAGCACGCCCGUGACUUCCUCGAGCUCGAGCUACUCUACUCCGGCCCUCUACUCCAACAGUACCACCUCGUCGGUGCGGGCUUCGUACGUCCCAUACUACCAGUUGAGCAGCAGCUCGUAUGCCAACGCCUCGGACUACGUCUCGACUGCCUCUGACGAGGUGGCUCUGGAGAAACGUGGAUUCUGGAACUUGUUUAUGUAG